AUGUCCUCCAAUUUGACUGAACAACAAAUCGCUGAGUUUAAGGAAGCCUUUGCCUUAUUCGACAAAGAUAACACUGGUUCUAUCAAUUCUUCUGAAUUGGCCACUGUCAUGAGAUCUCUUGGGUUAUCUCCAAGUGAAGCUGAAGUUGCUGAUUUGAUGAAUGAAAUCGAUGUUAAUGGCAAUAAUAAAAUUGAAUUCAGUGAAUUUUUGGCCUUAAUGUCACGUCAAUUAAAAUCUAAUGAUUCUGAACAAGAAUUAUUGGAAGCAUUCAAAGUUUUUGACAAGAACGGUGAUGGUUUAAUUUCAGCUGCAGAAUUAAAACACGUCUUAACCUCUAUUGGUGAAAAAUUAACAGACGUAGAAGUCGAUGACAUGUUAAAUGAAGUUAGUGACGGUCAAGGUGAUAUUGAUAUCCAACAAUUUGCUGCUCUAUUAUCAAAAUAG